AUGUCAUCUGCACUGUAUUUCACCCACAAGGGAAUCCUUUUCCCAAAUAAAGGGUAUGAUGUGGAAACACUCAACUUUGUGGAAAAUGAAUUCCAACUGUUGGACGACGAUGUACUGAAUGUUACUUAUCCUAAAUCAGGUACCAAUUGGAUGGGGGAGAUCUUGGGCUUGAUCUGGCACAAUGGAGACCCAUCAUGGGUUCGCAGCUCAGUUGCGUGGGAACGGUCACCAUGGAUUGAGGCUAGUGAUGGUAUGAAGAUUGCCUUGGCAUAUCCUCGACCCAGACACAUCACUUCUCACUUGCCAUUUCAGCUUUUCCCCAAGUCAUUUCUCCAGUCCAAGGCUAAGGUGAUCUAUACUCUGCGUAAUCCCAAGGAUGUGCUGGUCUCAUUUUACCACUAUUCCAAAUGCUGCAAAAUAUUCAAGGACCCUGGAACUGUGGAAGAGUUCCUGGAGGAAUUCCUGAGUGGGAAUGUGGUGUAUGGUUCCUGGUUUGACCAUGUAAUUUGGUUGGAGGUGAAGGGGAGACCCAAUGCCUUCUUCAACAGUUAUGAAGACCUGCAGCAGGACCUGCGAGGCAGUGUGGAGAAGAUCUGCCAUUUCCUUGGAAAGGAGCUGAAUAGCCAGCAAAUUGAUUCUGUGGUGGAAAAUGCCUCCUUCCAGAAGAUGAAGGACAACCCGAAGUCCAACUUCACCACACUGCCAGAUGACUUUUUAGACCACAAGAAAGGGAAGUUAUUGAGGAAAGGGAUCGUCGGGGACUGGAAGAACCUCCUGACAGUGGCACAGAGUGAACGCUUUGACCGCGUUUAUCAGGAGAAGAUGCAGGGAGUGAAUGUGACCAUUUCAUGGGACUGA